CGAGGCGGCCGCGUCUCCUCCUCCGCCUCCUCCUCGGCCCCGCUCAUGGCGACGCUGGGCACAUCCGGGCUUCUCCUCCUCCUCCUCCUGCGGCGGAGGCCGCCGCCGCCGCCGCUGCCCUGAGCGCCCGGCCCGACUCCAUUAGCCCGUCCCCUCCCCCCUGCCCUGCCCGCCCCGUCUCCCUUCCCGGACCCAGAGGCAGGGGGAGCCCCGGGCCAGGCAGCGCCGAGCCCUAGGAGCAGCCGGGGACAUGUCCAACCAAGGGGCCCGGCGGAACGGGCCCGUCAAGCUGCGACUGACAGUACUGUGUGCAAAAAACUUGGUGAAAAAGGAUUUUUUCCGACUUCCUGAUCCAUUUGCUAAGGUUGUGGUGGACGGAUCUGGCCAAUGCCAUUCUACAGAUACUGUGAAGAAUACACUUGAUCCAAAAUGGAAUCAGCAUUAUGACCUAUACAUUGGGAAGUCGGAUUCAAUAACGAUCAGCGUAUGGAAUCACAAGAAAAUUCAUAAAAAGCAGGGAGCUGGUUUUCUGGGUUGUGUGAGACUUCUUUCAAAUGCAAUCAACCGCCUUAAAGACACUGGUUAUCAGAGACUGGACCUUUGCAAGCUUGGGCCAAAUGACAAUGAUACUGUUAGAGGACAGAUAGUAGUAAGUCUUCAAUCCAGAGACCGAAUAGGCACAGGAGGACAAGUUGUGGAUUGCAGUCGUUUGUUUGAUAACGAUUUACCAGAUGGAUGGGAGGAGCGGAGGACUGCUUCUGGAAGGAUCCAAUAUUUAAAUCAUAUUACCCGAACAACUCAGUGGGAAAGACCAACACGGCCAGCAUCUGAAUAUUCCAGUCCAGGAAGACCUCUAAGCUGUUUUGUGGAUGAAAACACUCCAAUUACAGGAACGAAUGGUGCAACAUGUGGGCAGUCAUCAGACCCCAGGGUGGCAGAGAGAAGAGUCAGGUCACAAAGACACAGAAAUUACAUGAGCAGGACACACUUGCACACUCCUCCUGAUCUACCUGAAGGAUACGAGCAAAGAACAACUCAGCAAGGUCAGGUCUAUUUUCUGCAUACUCAGACUGGUGUUAGUACGUGGCACGAUCCAAGAGUACCUAGGGAUCUUAGCAACAUCAAUUGUGAAGAGCUUGGUCCACUGCCUCCUGGAUGGGAGAUCCGAAAUACAGCCACAGGCAGGGUUUAUUUUGUUGACCAUAACAACAGAACGACGCAGUUUACAGAUCCACGGCUCUCUGCUAACUUGCAUUUAGUCUUAAACCGCCAGAAUCAACUUAAAGAUCAGCAGCACCAGCAGCAGCAGCAGGUAGUGUCCUUGUGUCAGCUUCCGGAUGAGGCAGAGUGUCUGACGGUGCCACGGUACAAACGAGACCUAGUGCAGAAACUCAAGAUCCUGAGGCAAGAGCUGUCACAGCAGCAACCUCAAGCCGGCCAUUGUCGUAUUGAGGUCUCCAGGGAGGAGAUUUUUGAGGAAUCCUACAGACAAGUCAUGAAGAUGAGGCCUAAAGACCUGUGGAAACGAUUAAUGAUAAAAUUCCGUGGGGAGGAAGGCCUUGAUUAUGGAGGCGUUGCCAGGGAGUGGCUCUACCUGCUGUCCCAUGAAAUGUUGAAUCCAUAUUAUGGUCUCUUCCAAUACUCCCGAGAUGAUAUCUAUACACUGCAAAUCAACCCAGACUCUGCAGUUAACCCGGAACACUUAUCGUAUUUCCAUUUUGUUGGACGGAUAAUGGGGAUGGCUGUGUUUCAUGGACACUAUAUUGACGGGGGCUUCACGUUGCCUUUCUAUAAGCAGUUGCUAGGGAAGCCAAUUACUUUGGAUGAUAUGGAAUUGGUUGACCCUGAUCUUCAUAACAGCUUAGUCUGGAUACUUGAGAAUGAUAUCACAGGAGUCUUGGACCAUACGUUUUGUGUAGAACACAAUGCAUAUGGCGAAAUUAUUCAGCAUGAACUGAAACCCAAUGGCAAAAGCAUCCCAGUGACAGAGGAAAAUAAAAAGGAAUAUGUCAGACUUUAUGUAAACUGGCGAUUUUUACGAGGAAUUGAAGCUCAAUUUCUGGCCUUACAGAAGGGAUUUAAUGAAGUAAUCCCACAACAUCUGCUGAAGACAUUUGAUGAGAAAGAGUUAGAGCUCAUCAUUUGUGGACUUGGAAAAAUUGAUGUUAACGACUGGAAGGCAAACACUAGGUUAAAACACUGUACCCCAGACAGCAACAUUGUGAAAUGGUUCUGGAAAGCUGUGGAGUUUUUUGAUGAAGAAAGGAGAGCACGACUGCUCCAGUUUGUGACUGGCUCAUCCAGAGUGCCUCUGCAGGGCUUCAAGGCAUUACAAGGUGCUGCAGGUCCACGACUAUUUACAAUACACCAAAUUGAUGCCAGCACUAAUAAUUUGCCGAAAGCUCAUACCUGCUUUAACCGAAUAGACAUUCCUCCCUACGAAAGCUAUGACAAGCUAUAUGAGAAGCUGCUAACUGCCAUUGAAGAAACAUGUGGGUUUGCUGUGGAAUGACUUUUCACAGGCUUACCUGAGACUCUAUUUAUACUCCUGUCAGCCAGAAAGCCCUUCCCUCAGACAAGACUCAAGAAAUGCUUGAAAUACAGGAAACUUUCCCUUUUCUACACUAGGACACUGUGAGGGAAAGGACAACUUUGGAUUAUUUUUUUUUCUUUCAAGAAAAUAGGUUCUGUGGCUCUUGCCAUAGAAUCAUUCAGCUGCUAUUAAAAACUAAUAUCUUGAACAUACAGAAUGCUGACUUUUCUACAUUUCAACUGUUAAGCAGUAUUCUAUACUUAAAGACUACUAUUUUUUGUAAAAGGUAAUCUAUUAUAUUUGCCUACCUGGUUUCUAUUCUCAGAUACCAAGACACAACUUCAGCAGUCGGUACAAGUCACGUUUCAGCCUGAUUUAAGUGUAAGAUACUGAACAGCAUCUAUACCUGCUAUUUUUUGGAAAAAAUAUUUUGGAUUAUUCUAACUUUGCAUAAAAUUGGCUGAAAGAGUCAUUAAUCUUUUUAAUUAAAGCCACUUACAUGUUAACUGCAUUUUCUUAUAGUAAAACGUUAUAUUCUGCAAUGUAAAUUCAACUUAAAUGUUACCACAGGGGGCUUUUUUAUAUUUUUCAAGCAUGAAUUAGAAAUAUGAUGUUUUAGAGUCCUAUUUAUAUCAUUUGUCAGAUUCCUUAAAACAAAAUUUCUAGUCUGAGUGGCACAAACUGUAUUUGGUACAGUACUUGUGUUAAUAUGUGGGAGAGACCUUUUUAAUGAAUGGUAAACACUUUGGGUUUUUUUUAAACAGCAUUUUUGUAACAAAUCUGUCAAGAGUAUUUUUUGUUGCUUUUGACUGUAAAUUUAUCACUGCAUCUUUCAAGUUUUUAAGCAUGCUGAUGGGGUGAUACUUCCCAGCAGAAGCUUGUCAGCAGUUCAUUUCAGAACCCAUCCUGUCCAGUCAACCAAAGUUUGUUUGAAUGCAGCCAAAUCACAUUAUGUAUUUGUUGAUGCUAAAGAUUUAUCAGGUAAAAAAUGUUUUAAUCUUUGUCUAGCUGCUCGUGACAUGUGGUUUUAACUUACAUCUAAGGAAAAAUUGUGAUAAAACUAAAAAAGGUGUAUUAACUGAAAUACAUGCAAUGUGCUUUGAAAAUGAGGUUUUCAGAGCACAUAAUUUAUUGAUUGUAGGGAUGGAAUUAAGUAUAUAUAUGAAUUAUAACAUGGGCUGAUAUAUUCAAAGGGGAUUAAAAUGCACUACCAGUAGAGGGAACUGAAUUCUGAAAUUUGGGGAUUCUCAGUUAACAUCUGUAUGAUCUGCUCAUGGUGUGUAGCUAUACCAGUCUACUCAAUGGACAGUGGUAUUCUCAAUGGUGAGAAUAUUUGGAAUAGGUAGCUUUUUCCAAUCAGUGUUGUGUUUCUUAGGUUACAAUAAAUCAUCAAAUGUGCACUAUUUUUACACUGCCGAUGAGAAGAAAGUCAGGAGUCUUGAAAUAACUAUAAAAGAACGGGAUAGAAACAGCUGUUCCAUUUUGCAGCGUAAGUUACACAGUGAGCUAGCUGAUUUUCUCUCUCUUCUAUGGAGCUUGAACUUAAUUUUGUUCUGCCAAAUCUGACUGCCACAGUGAGUAAACUACUACUGGAUGUUGUGUAUUAGAAUAGUGGGCAAUGAACUACUUUUGCAGAAUUGUGGUAAGAAUCUGGUGAGCCAAAUCCACAUGUUCAUUUAAUUUUAUUUUUUUGUACAGCUGUUGUUGGAAGGUUUGUUCUGAAAGACUUGCUUCCCAGUCUGAGCUGGCUGCAGACAUGAGGCUACAUAGGGGUGUAAACAUAAAGCCAAGAAGCUUGCUUUGACAGCCGGGCCUUGAAAUAUAUCAGGCCCCUUUUUUCUUCAUUUCAAGGGACUGUUGCACUCAUUUAAAAUGGCUGGUACCUUUUCUUCCAUGGUUUUCAGCUAAUAUUACCAGAGAAGCUAUCACCACACUUGUUCAGGUUGCCUGGGAGAGCAAAGUAGAAUGUUGCCCAGUGUGUUUCUUUCUUAGUACUGCUGCCUGUGGUUUGGGACCACUGCUUUAGACACUCCCAAAGACCUCUUCUCACUCCUUCCAGUUUGGAGGUGUGACAUGAAUUGCUCUUUUCAGAGACUAGGUUCUUUUGACCACUGUUCACAGGAUAGAAAGCCCAGUGUUGUGCAAGCGAUCUUGUUCUGCUCUUACUCAGGCUAUGGCUGUAAGGCUUUUUCAGCAUCCCUGAUUGUGAAAGCACCUUUUCUCGGUAAAAUCCGGUUUGAUCCAGCUUUUGGGAGAAGUCAGGGCUCAGUUAGGUGACUCCAUGGGGAAGGUAUGCUGUUCUCUGCACCAGACGGCCUACUUCAGCACUAUUUAAAGACUGUCACAGUGGUGUCUCCUAACCAUGUCAUCUGUACACACCUCCCAGGAACCUUCUCCCUGUCAGUUUACUUAAGCUGGUAAAUUUAUUGAACACACAGUUAUGGCCACUCUUAAGGAGGGAAGAGGUGAGAUCUGCAGAAAACAGAGCAUAGAUGAGCUGAUAAAUACUGUUCAUUUUCACAGCAGCCUUAGUAGUACAUCUGUUUAUUCUAUCAAAUGUUUUGGUGUGGCAUAGAGAAUUUUAAUCGCCACAAGGUAAAUAUUGUUAAUUUAAUAUGUAAUAGGCAAAACUAGACAAAUCUGCAUUUGACUAGCCAUAGCUGACAGAUGAGAAUGAAUAUAUCAAAUAUCUUGAGUGCCUUUCUACCUUUCUAAUGACUGAGAGCUUUAACUGAAGCACCUCAUCAUCUAGUCAGACAUUUAUGAAAAAAAUGUUAAAGGGUUAAUUUCUUUACAAAAUUUUAUUUCAAGAUCAUGUCAGCUACUUUCCCCUCAAAAAGGUGCUAAGCCUAAUAUUGCAUUUUAACCUUGGACUUUCACCCCAUGAUUAAUGUGAAUAUUUAUUUCAGCAUAUCCCUCUGACUGGAUUUUACUUUAUCCAGUCUUUAGUUGUUUUAGAAAGAUGUCACAUCAUUGUUUUAUGCUGUUGCUUUUCAUUAUGAAUGUUUAAUUAUGAACAGUGACUUUUGUAGAUUUCAAAUAUACAGUACACAGUUGAGUUUCAGAGGAUUUAAUUUCUCGGUGUAAAGAGUUUUGUAAUGGUGCUUUGUACAGUAUGUAUUCUAAUUUUUUUUUGCACAUAGUUUCAGUUUCCCUAAACUGAUUUAUUUUUACCAAAUUUUUGUUGUACUAAAGUCCAGAGCACACCAACCUGUUUUUAAGUUCUUGUUCUACAACACUACAUCUGUAUUAAACUUCUGGUGCGUUUAAACUGGCUGCAUUGAUGGAAGUAAAAGCUUUGCUUCUAUAUCAUAAGUAUGCAUUAUACAGCUUAAUGUAGCAUGCUCCAGUUGCUUCAGAUUUUAAACUGCACCAUAUAGUUAACAGGUGCCAUUUGUUGUACUUUACACUAUCUAGUAGGUUUCUAGCUCUACCACAUCCUUAGAGCUUUGUCUGUAGUCGUAAUUAGUUUAUACAAGUGUAAUUGCUCCUCCACAAACUGACUGUUCUUAGUUUAUCUUUUCCAUUGUAUUUAUUACAGAGUUUUAGCAUUGAUAUCAAUGUAUUUUCACCCAGCUGUUACAUGAGCUUUAACAACAACAAAAAAAAUCUGUAUAAAAUGGUUUUUAAAUACUUAAUGUAUGUACCCAUGCAGAAGUUGAGCAAUAAAUUGUAUGCUGUUUGCACACUCACAGCA